CUUCAGUCACCUAUAUUCUUACCUCCAAUUUAGGGGCUGCGGCGGCGUCAGCCAGCUGAACCCUACCCCGCCGGUUACAGCGGCAUCUGGUGGUGGAGGCUGUGGUGCGUAAGCCGAAGCCUGGCAUACUCUGUCGUUGCAAGCAAGUUUCGCAUCCAAAUCCGCGUUGCGCAAAUAAAGAAACCUACGAUACACCAAAAUAUACUGUCAACCAGUCAAGCGCACGCUGCCUCUGCGCGUCAUAUAGAAGCCGCAACCGGGCUCUACGCGCACGUCGCAUCUUCAUCAGCUCUUGAGCAUACUUCCAACCCCACAUCCUGACAUCAUGCCUGACCUAGCGUCAGCUUUUACAAAGCUAAACCCCUUCACAUCCAAGGGCACACAUGAGAAUGAGGAUGAAGAUUUCGGAGAAGAGAUUGAUGACCAUACCGUCGCGGGUGGUGGUCACAGCGCCCGCCGCACAGAAAUCACAGAGCACGAGCUGCGGGUCAGCCGCGCGCUGAGAUCGUUCUUGGUCGACCGAGGAGUCCUGCUUGACGAUGGGGCCGAUCUGGACUCAGAGCAGCCAGGUGCCGGGCUGAAAGCGUUGCUUGAUCUUCCGCACAUUGUCGUUCCUCCCGAGGUGACGGACAGGUCUUUCCCGCUGUCGGAGUACUUUAUCAGCUCGAGCCACAACACGUACCUGUUGGCGCAUCAGCUUACAGGCAAAUCUGAUGCCGAGGCGUACAGGACGGCGCUGAAUACCGGCGCGCGCUGUGUGGAGAUAGAUGCGUGGGACGACGAGAGCAACAAGGAGGAGCCCAAGGUUACGCAUGGCUACACGCUCGUAUCGCAUAUCCCCUUCCGCGCUGUAUGCGAAACCAUUCGUGAUGUUGUGGACAAGGAGGCUGCUGAGUCUCGGGAUCAGCAAGGUUACCGCGCGGCGCCUAUCAUGUUGUCGCUUGAGAACCACUGCGGCGCAUACGGCCAGACAAGACUAGUACAGAUCAUGCACGAAGUCUGGGGUAGCCGUUUGCUCAGCAAGGCUAUUCGAGAGAAAGGACAUGGAGAGCAAGAAGGUACCGACGCACCAGUCCGUCUAGAAGAGCUGGGAUCAAAGAUUGUGCUCAUGAUUGAGUACCAUUUCCCCGAGGAGGUGGCAUCUACUGAUGACAGCUCAAGCUCGAGCUCCGAGGACGAGGAAGAGAGGCAAGCCCGCCACGAGUACAAGGAGAACAAGGCGGCGGCACCAAAGACUGUCAUCGUUCCGGAGCUGGCAGACCUGGGUGUCUAUGCACAAUCAGUAAAGCCUGUCGAUAACUCCUGGUUUGACGAGGCCCAGAUGAAGAAUGGACCUCAUAAUCAUCUCAUUAAUAUCUCUGAGCUCCAGCUGGCAUCAUAUAUGCCCGGCAACAGUGAAAAGAUCGCGAUCCACAACUCGAAAAACUUGAUGAGGGUGUACCCCAAAGGAACACGCAUCUCCUCUACCAAUCUCAAGCCAGCGACGUUCUGGGCCAUCGGAGCCCAAAUAUGCGCGCUCAAUUGGCAGACCUUCGGCGCUAGUCUUCAGCUCAACGAGGCCCUCUUCAGCGGCACUGAUGGUUACGUGCUCAAGCCGGCCGCUCUCCGAGCAGGCGGUAACGGCCAUCUCAACAGCGGCAAGAAGAUCAAGCUGCGCCUCCAAGUCGCCGGUGGCACGGACAUCCCGCUCCCCAAGGGAAGGACCGCAGAUGAUAUCAAACCUUACCUUACAUGUACCCUAGUCCACCCUGACGAUGUGGGUAACGAAUCUGCAAAACGGAAGACGGCACAUUACCGCCAACACAAGUUGGGCCUUGUGCACAAAGGCGAAAAUCCUCCGAACAUUGAGCCAUUUUGGGACGAGACGCUCGAGUGGGAGUAUGAGGACAACGAGCUGGUCUUCUUGCGAAUGUUGAUCAAAAGCGACGACGCCUUUUCGAGAAACCCAAUAUUCGCUGUAUCUGCGGUGAGGCUUUCCUAUGUCGAGAGGAGAGAAUGGCGAUUUGUGAGGAUGUUGGAUCUCCACGGUAAAGAGACGAAGUGUACGAUCCUCGUAAAGUUCGAUUUUGAGGAGGUGAACCGGAAUACUCUGCUUGGAAGGUCCGAGUUCUGAUCAAAUUGAGACGCGUACAUGAUAAGAGGACCUGAACACUAGCGACGUCUUUGUUUAGUGUUUAUCGUACCAAAAGCUUUAGGGAAAACAUGGGUUCUGGGUUUGCUUUUCUUGUUGGCGAUUUGGUUCCGAGCUAUAUCAAUAUCGAUCACAGAGUUACUGAGACUUGUCCGUAUUCAUCUGACACAGCUCGCAGCGUCUUUCAAUAUGUCAUAUAUCAUGAAUGAAUAGAUCCACAAAUUACUGAU